UCUUGCAAGAGGAAGAAAGGCAGCGGGUUAGUCGUACACGGGCUAACACAAAAAACAGUCAUGGGUAUACAGCUGGGAGAGCCUUCUUCUUCGUCAUCUUUGGCAAAUUCUGAUACUCUAGGAGAAGCAGCUAUUAUUCUGAUAGCUAUCGGAUCUGUGUUGAUUGUACUGUGUGCAGCUUCAAUCAUUUACGGGCUUCAUCGCCGUAGAAGACAUGUCGCUUUGACGACUGCAGAUGUAUCAACUUCAGGGGAAGAAACAGCGCAAAAUCCGACAGAUUUCAUGAAGAGUUUAGCUACUUGGGAUCGUUGCCAUUCAAUGGAAGAAAUUCUGGAAAAACGACGACGAUCUGUUUGGACUUUAGAGGUGUUUGAAAAUUAUAGUGCUGGUGAUGCAAAUCAUGCUGCGGAGUCCUGAAAUUUUCAUGUAAUGGACAUUCUUCAUUUUGGACUGAAGCCUGUUCGGUGCUGUUGCAUUUCUUCUGGAGUGAUAUGCAAAUUUUGAGGUCUUCUCUUAACUUUUUAGGCAGUAAAUUAUUCAUCCAGAAAUAUUACUCAACUUAUUUUGUUGAGAAGCCAAGACCCAAGUUCAAUUCAAAGGUCAGACUUUAGACCGUUCCAAGUUUACAGUUUAUACAGCAGUAAUUUCCAACUGUUUUAUUGGGAAAACUUGUAGCUGAAUAUAUUUUUCAAAACAGAUCGCUUUAUUAUUUUUUCCGAAAAAUGUUAGCACUCGUUUUACAAUGAAACAGUUCGUCUUUCAGUAAAUUAUCGUACAAUAUAUAUUUACAAACUAUGAUGUUACUCGAUAGCUAGUUUUUAAAACAUUAAAAUGUUAUUUUGCUCUUGAAAUCGUUGCCAAAUUUUAAAAAUUGAAUCAUGUCAGAAUUUUGGUUUUAGCACAGAGCUCGUCUUUUCAUCCAAAAGUUACUGUAUUAAUGACGCUUGUUUUUUUUUUUAUUUACGUUGUCUAAACGUGAAGUCAGGAUUUGUAUUUAUACUUUACGGAAGUGUAGCUGUUUCUCUCAAUAGGUCUUUACCUAGGGACCUUACCAGUGCUAGAAGUAUGGGUGACACGUCCCCUUCCCGCAGUGCCACCCCCCCCUUCCCCGUCUUCAAAAAGUUAUCCUUGCCUCCCUCACUUCCAUUUAUACUAACAUCUGACCCCUCACUUCUCAACUUUAAGAAAAUAUAUCCGUAUUUUUAAAACCAUCUAAAUACAUCCCGCAUAUUUUAAAAACCAAAAGAAAAGAAACCACGCGAGUUAAUGGUUUUAACGUUCAAAUGGCACCUAUCCAAACUGCCUUUAAAAAAUAAA